ACGAAGUUCAAGGCCAUAAACAACUCUAGUGAAGCUCUUCCUAACCCCUAUUGAUUUUAGGGCAUAUGGCGAAAAUUCGGUCCGACAACUCUUAUAUUACUUGCAUAUUAAAUCCUUAAAUAUGAUCCUGUGGGCUGUGAGUGCAAAAAACACGGUAUGUCCCCAGCCUCAUGAGCCAGGCCACUGUUGCAUGUUUACACAUGUCGAAACCAAUUUGUUUAAUUCAUAUUUCAUACUUUCAUAGUCAAAUAUCUAAGGCGCCAAACGUAACGUUGAGUUUCCCUCGACGGCAGUUAGGCAGAAAGUUGCAAAUUUUCUGCGUUACUUCUUUGUACUGGACAUCUCCAGCUUCCAUCAUCUUGUAACCAUAUAAAAUGGUGCAAUAUUUCUCCUGUAUCAUCCACUUCCCUCUCUUUCUCUUUUCUACCUAUUCACUUCCCUCUCUUUCUUCGAUUUUUCGGCUCUUCGAAGAAGUUCGAUCCCCCCACCAAAAUGGGUUUUCGCAAUAUUUUCAAGUUUAGUUUUCUCUUCUUGUUUAUAGCUUUCUUUGAGGUAUCGUGUCAAGAAAAUGUUCAGAUUUUGAGUGACCGCACUUCUCUCCUCUCAUUCAUGUCCAGGAUCAUUGCUGACCCCGGACAUGCUCUGAAGAACUGGAAUUCUUCAGGUACUCACGUAUGCAACUGGUUGGGAAUUCAGUGCAAUAACGAUAGAGACCGAGUAAUAAAGCUUGAUCUCAGAGGAAGAUCCUUGAGGGGGAAAAUUUCACCCUCCAUUUCAAAUCUUUCUUUCUUGACAAUUCUUGAUUUAACCGGUAACUUCUUCGAAGGCCAAAUUCCGGCUGAGUUAGGGAGACUUUCCGGCCUCCAACAACUCAGUUUAUCGUUUAAUUUUCUCGAAGGGAAAAUUCCUAAAGAGUUGGGAUUACUUCGCGAUUUGGAGUACCUUAAUCUUGGAAGUAACCGACUCUCUGGUGAAAUCCCGAUGCCACUUUUGUGCAAUGGCUCUUCUUCUCUGGAAUAUUUGGACCUUUCCAACAAUUCUCUCAGUGGUUUCAUACCUCUGAAUGAUCAAUGUGAGCUUAGGAAGUUGAGGUUUCUUCUGCUUUGGUCUAAUGAAUUGGUGGGUCAAAUUCCUAAAUCCCUUUCCAAUUCCACAAUACUAGAAUGGAUUGAUUUGGAAUCAAAUUCCCUAUCCGGGGAAUUACCAAGUGAGAGACUGGCUCAAAUGCCGCUGCUGCAAUAUGUUUACCUCUCCUACAACAACUUCAUAAGCCACCAUGGUAACACAAACCUUGAUCCCUUUUUCUCUUCUUUAGCUAAUUCCUCUAAUUUGCAAGAACUUGAAUUGGCUGGAAAUAACAUUGGUGGGAAACUACCUUCUAUUAUUGGUGAUCUCUCCAGUAAUCUUAUUUCAAACCUAUUCAAUCUCACCCUCUUGAACUUGUCUCAUAACCUUUUGAAUGGAUCCAUCCCAUACGAAAUAUGCCAAUUGGAAAGACUAGAGAGGCUCUAUUUGUCGAACAAUUCGCUAUCCGGUGAGAUCCCAUCGGCUUUUGGCAAUGUUCCCCAUUUGGGUCUUUUAGACUUGUCGAACAACAAGCUAUCCGGAUCGAUCCCAGAUAGUUUUGCUAAUCUUUCUCAAUUGAGAAGGCUCUUCCUCUAUGGAAACCAGCUUUCUGGAACAAUCCCACCAAGUUUAGGGAAAUGCAUAAAUUUGGAAAUACUGGACCUUUCCCAAAACAGAAUUUCUGGGGGAAUUCCCAGUGAAGUUGCAGGGCUAAGCAGCUUGAAGUUGUACUUGAAUUUGUCUAGCAAUUUUUUACAAGGGCCUAUUCCACUAGAGCUGAGCAAAAUGGACAUGGUUUUAGCAAUUGAUUUGUCCUCAAACAAUCUUUCUGGAACAAUUCCAUCACAGCUUGGGAGUUGCAUUGCCUUAGAACAUCUCAAUCUUUCCCAUAAUUUACUUCAAGGCUCUCUCCCUGUCGCAAUUGGACAUUUGACUUACCUUAAAGACCUUGAUGUUUCAUUCAACCGUUUAACCGGUGAAAUACCACAAUCUCUGCAGAGGUCUUCAGCUCUAGAACAUCUCAACUUGUCUUUCAACAACUUCCAUGGGAAUGUAUCAAACGAGGGGGCUUUUUUGUCUUUGAGCAUCGAUUCUUUCGUGGGUAACCGGGGGCUCUGUGGCUCAAUCAAAGGCAUGAAAAGCUGCCCCAAGAAAAGGAUUAAACAUCUAAUGAUCCUGGCAGUUAUCCUCUCAGGAUUUUCAUUUGCAGCUCUCAUGUUUUGCACGUUUCGAGUCCCUCUAUCGCUCGAGGCAAGGUUCAAAAGACAAUGCACUGGAUUUAGUGGCGGGGAAAUGGAGAAGGGAGAAGAAAAAGGAAGUAAAGAGAUAAAGUACCCGAGAAUCACUCACCGGGAACUCUUCGAAGCCACCGGUGGAUUCAGCAGCUCAAGCCUAAUUGGAUCAGGGCAAUUCGGUCAUGUCUACAAGGGGUUACUCCAAGACAACACAAGAAUUGCCGUGAAAGUAUUGGAUUCGAGGACAAAAGAAGAGAUUUCAGGCAGUUUCAAGAGAGAAUGUCAGGUACUAAAAAGAACCAGGCACAGAAACUUGAUCAGGAUCAUAACAAUCUGUAGCAAUCCAGAUUUCAAGGCACUUGUUUUGCCACUAAUGCCUAAUGGGAGCCUGGAAAACCAUCUGUACCCGAGGCACGGGUUGAGCCACGGGCUAGAUUUGCCUCAGCUAGUGAGCAUUUGCAGCGAUGUCGCGGAAGGGAUGGCAUAUUUGCACCAUCACUCUCCUGUUAAAGUCGUGCACUGCGAUCUGAAACCGAGCAAUAUUCUCCUUGAUGAGGACAUGACUGCUUUGGUAACCGAUUUUGGCAUUGCACGAUUGGUGAAAGGUGGCGACGAUGAGAGUGAAUCAGCGAAUGAUUCGGUUUCCUUCUGUUCUACACAUGGGUUGCUUUGUGGAUCAGUUGGUUACAUUGCUCCAGAAUACGGACUAGGAAAGCGGGCCUCAACGCAAGGAGAUGUCUACAGUUAUGGAGUCCUAUUGCUAGAAAUAGUGACAGGAAAACGCCCCACGGACGUGCUUGUCCACGAGGGUUCGAGCCUUCACGAGUGGGUGAAGAGGCAGUACCCGCACAAGCUCGAGCCACUAGUCGAAGAAGCUUUGGAGAGGCGUGCGCCCAAUGGCACCCAAGUCUAUGACAAGAAGAUGUGGUGCGACGUCGUUUUGGAGUUGAUUGAGCUAGGGCUAAUAUGCACACAGUACAACCAUUCAACAAGGCCAACUAUGUCAGAUGUUGCCCAUGAGAUGUCACGGUUGAAGCAAUAUCUUUGUAGCCCUUCUUCCACAUUGCUCAUUGAAGAAGCUUGUGACAAAAGUCAGGGUUCACUAACUAGGUGAACCAUCGGGCACGCUUAAAAAUCUCAUAGAGAUGUGUUCAGAAUGCAGUGUCACAUUCCUUUUUUUUUUUUUCCCCAAUUUAAUCCUUUUUAAUUUCUCUAGUCUUUCUACACAUAAAUAUUGUUUUAGUAAAAAUUUAACUAAGAAGUCGUGCGAAGAGAAAAGUACCCGAAAAGCCAAGGCUUUAGGGUUCGAGAGAGUCCAUUUCAAUUCUUUUUUUCUUUUCUUUGUCAAAGAAUAUUUUAUCCAAAAGAGUCUGCUGGAAUCCAUUUCAAUUCAUUGGAGUAAUUUUAUCAGUUAUUU